AUGGCCAAUCCACCCCAGCGCUCACAGCAGGUGCCCCAACAUGUCACCGCGCUGCUCUCCCACCUCACUUCCCGCCCAGGGGUGCAAUCCACCUUGAUCCUCUCCCGCAAAGAUGGAUCUAUCAUUCAAAGCACCGGACUCCUCGCACCGCUAGAAAGCGGUACCAACACACCUCGCUCAGCCCCGAUCGCCCCGCCCACCACCGAACCACCCACCGACUCUUCCCCGUCCUCUCCAGCUCAACCCACACCUUCCACCUACCAGCCCUCGCAGGCAGAGACGCUGGCAGCGCACAUCUUUAAUUUCGUCUCGAGCGCCUCCGCCCUUGGCGUAUCGCUUUCACGGCCGACGGGCAAGGCCGACGAGCGCGGGACACCGGCCCUGGAAGGCGCAUAUAAUGUAUACGCCAAUGGGACGAGUACCCCGCGCGAAGACGCCGAUCCAGACUCUGCGGAUCGUGAAGAGGAGGAUGAGGUGAAACUAUUGCGGAUGCGCACGCGCAAACAUGAGAUUGUUGUAGUGCCGGAUCGGAAAUAUCUACUUUGCGUUGUACAUGACGCGACCAAUGCGAGUGGUGCGGGAGUCACUGCAGGUGCUCGGUCGCGGUGA